AUGUCACCUAAUCACGAUGACACUUAUGUCGAUGGUAGCGGCAGUAGAGGAGGCGGUAGUGUAGGAGGUGAAUUUGGUGGAAGUAGUGGAGGUGAAGGACACGAAGGUGGUGGAUUCGGAGGAGGUGGAUUUGGUGGUAGUAGCGGCGGCGGCGAUGGAUAUGGCGGAAACAACGAAGGAGGAAACGGCGGUGGAAGUGUAGUUUCUGGAAUUCUUGUUGGCAGUGGCUACGGAGGUGGAAGCGGAGGCGGUUUUAGUGGAGGAAGUGGAGGCGGUUUUGGGGGUAGUCAUGAAGGUGGAAGCGGCGGCGGAUUUGGAGGCGGGAGCGGAGGCAGCAGCGGAUACGGAGGAUAA